AGUGUGUCUCUCAGUGAGGGCUGCCUUUUGCUGAUUCUUCAUCAGACUGGAAUUCCUGCUGGAAGGUCGACUGACACUCAGGAAAUGCAGCUCACCACUGAAACACACAAGAAAUCAGAGUUUUUCAAAGCUGUAAGGGGAGGUGACUCCGGGACUAUCCCAGGUGGAAUAUGCACUUCGCAGACACAAAUUAAUGUCUGUGAUCCACAAGGAAACUCAAGGGCAAAGUGGUACAGACCAGACAGUCGUUCUGCUGUCCAACCCUACAUACUACAUGAGCAACGAUAUCCCCUACACUUUCCACCAAGACAACAAUUUCCUGUACCUGUGUGGAUUCCAAGAGCCCGAUAGCAUUCUGGUCCUUCAAAGCCUCCCUGGCAAGCAGUUACCAGCACACAAGGCCAUGCUUUUUGUGCCUCGGCGAGAUCCCAGCCGAGAACUGUGGGAUGGCCCGCGAUCUGGCGCUGAUGGAGCAAUAGCUCUAACCGGAGUGGAUGAAGCCUACACACUGGAAGAAUUUCAACAUCUGGUACCCAAACUGAAAGCUGAAACAAACACACUGUGGUAUGACUGGAUGAGGCCUGCUCACGCACAGCUUCACUCUGACUACAUGCAACGUCUGACUGAGGUCAAAGCGAAGAGCAAGAACAAGGUUCGAGCUGUCCAGCAGUUGGUACAGCACCUCCGGCUCAUCAAAUCUCCUGCUGAAAUUGAGCGAAUGCAGAUUGCUGGGAAGCUGACGUCACAGGCUUUCAUAGAGACCAUGUUUGCCAGUAAAGCCCCUGUGGAGGAGAGUUUCCUUUAUGCUAAGUUUGAAUUUGAAUGCCGGGCCCGGGGAGCAGACAUCUUAGCCUACCCACCUGUGGUUGCUGGAGGUAAUCGGUCAAACACUUUGCACUACGUGAAGAAUAAUCAACUCAUCAAGGAUGGGGAAAUGGUGCUGCUAGAUGGAGGUUGUGAGUCUUCUUGCUAUGUGAGUGACAUCACCCGUACAUGGCCUGUCAAUGGCAGGUUCACAGCACCUCAGGCAGAACUCUAUGAAGCUGUUCUAGAGAUCCAGAGAGAUUGUCUGACCCUCUGCUCCCCGGGAACAAGCUUGGAAAACAUCUACAGCAUGAUGCUGAGCCUGAUAGGACAGAAGCUCAAAGAGCUGGGGAUCGGGAAGAACAUUAGGGAAAAUAAUGCCUUCAAGGCUGCUCGAAAGUACUGCCCUCAUCAUGUCGGCCAUUAUCUUGGGAUGGACGUCCAUGACACUCCGGACAUGCCCCGUUCCCUCCCUCUACAGCCUGGCAUGGUGAUCACAGUGGAGCCAGGCAUUUAUAUUCCCGAGGAUGACAGAGAUGCCCCAGAGAAGUUUCGUGGUCUUGGUGUACGAAUUGAGGAUGAUGUUGUGGUGACUCAGGACUCACCUCUCAUCCUUUCUGCAGAUUGUCCCAAAGAGAUAAAUGACAUCGAACAGAUAUGCAGCAGGGUCUCUUGACCCUCACUGCAGCCCAUGUGUAUCUCAGGUUCAAGAGAGGUGUCCGCUGGCCUCUGGGCACAUGUGCUUUCUGAGUGUCUGUGUGUGUACCUUGUAAUGCGUGUUCCAUUCAGGAGUGCAGCAGCUGUGUGAAGGGAUGUGAUUGUGUAUAUGGUCUUUGUCUUAAGUCGCUAGAAAUCUGGAAAAUUACUGUAACUUUAGUAACAUUAAUUCUGUAGAAUUAAUGACCCAGGCAAGUUUAAUUUUUAAACAUAAAGAAAGAUCUCUGGUUACAUAUGUCCAUGCAUUCCAGUUAACACAUUUAAAUGUAAAGAAAAUUCUCUCCUUCUGCUCAGGUCUUUUCCUUUCUGCGCUUUUGCUUUGAUCCACCUAAUAGCAUAAGAUGUUUCUGUGAUGCUGUUAUUUGGAGCAAAUCACCAAGGUCUGCCUACACUGAAAGCCACCCAUCAGCGAUUGUGUAUGGCCAAUACGUACCUUCCAUAACUCCUGCCUACCUGUUCUAGAGCCUUCUCCUGGGGCCACAUGAAGCCCUCAUGUGCUCUGGUGUCCUGCAAUCCCACCAUUCAGCCACAGUCCAGAUUCCGGCAACAUUAGCCAUCAAACAAAACGGUUUUGAGCCUUUCUUGCUAUUGGUUCCCUGGGGCCAGGAAAGUGUUUAGAUUCUUGAUAAGAAAGGAAAUGGAAGAGAAAGAAAACUAUAUAGGUGUCUGCUACAGAUCCAAACCGCCAUCCAUCUCUUCUCAAUCUAAAUAGGACUCCUUUCCCAGACGUCCGUACUUCCUUCAUAGAUUCUUAAUGCACUGACCCUCAUAGAAUACCCUUGAAGCUGCUGCCCUGGCCAAGGGCUAGUCCUCUACUUACCCGUAGAGUCAGAGGAAUGGCACCCAGUUUUCCCUGUUAUCAUUCUGUAAUUCCCUCUCAUGCUAACAAAAACAAAAUGUGGACUCCACCAAGUGCCUGUAAAUAUCCUCUGAUCCUUUUCUUUCUCUGACGUUAGCACUGGAAGGGCAGCGAUUAAAGAGUCUUAUUUCCCUCAACACAGUGUUGGAUGCAAUUAUACAAGAACUGAGUUUGCACAGUGAACAGGGUUAGAUUACUGAAGAUGGGUUUUUGGGGAGCUUCUGACUUUAAAAAGGAAAGCUUUAAGAACUAGAACUCCUCUUUUAAACCUGGGUAUGAGCCCAAGAAGUACAAAAUGUGCUGAUUAUCAGAGCAUAAAUUUGAGGGUUUUUAAGAAAAUAUUUGUAUUAACGAAGCACAAGCUAGGAGAUUAACACUCCCUGUAGUGUUAUAGGUUUGCUCAUUUUAUCGGGAAAACCCAAGGUACAGAGCCCAAAGCAGACAGGCAGUGACUUCCUCGGGAGACAAAGACAGUGUCAUAAACCAAAGGGACAGAAAUCCUGUCCUGACAGUCCUCACGCACCAAUGCUUGGCUUUGCUGACCUUAUCUCAGCAGCUGUGGGGAUGGAUGGCUGCACAGCUGGAGUCAUCAUCCCCGAGCCUGCCCUCCCUCCAGCUUCUCAGUCCAAUGCCACUGUCUAAAAGAGGGGACUGAAAAUAAAUUCACAACUUGGGCUUCUCACCCCUUGGGCCUCUGUGGCCCCAGCAACCCUUGGAUUGGGUUUCCUUUGUUCAUUUACAAUCCUACAAUAAAUAAUUUCCUUUAUGUCCUAUGAAACAAUUUCUGUGGUCUUAACUUUUUAGCUAUUCGCCUAGGUUCCUUUUAGGUAAAGCAGCGUACUUGGACAUGAAACAGACUCCUUCCAUUUAGAUUCCAAUCAAGUUCCGCAGAUGUCACGAAUAGUAUUAUAAUUAGAAUGGCUGUUGUGGAAUUCUUCUCGUGAUUUUUUAGUCCCUGACCCAGGUAUAUUGUCCUUUGAGUCCCACAUCAACCACAGCAGCUAAACAUUUGAAUCAGACUAUCAAAACCAUCAAGAGAUGACAUUGUGGUCAUCUCAGAGCAAUGUUUUAGGGGCUGUCUGAUGUACCCAGAAUUUGUGAGCAGGUAAUUGUGUGUAGUGCAGGAAUCGUAUCCAUUCCUCACCAUGCCACAGACAUGCCGCACAUUUCCCUCCAUGUCAAAAUGUAACGAAGACUUCGUAUAUAUAGCAGCCUCUCCUAGAAUGACAGCCUGGAUUUUAAAAACUCCUCCAAAUGCUCCACUGGAAUUUGUCUCCCUGAGCUGAACCGAUGAGGUUGAAUCAUUAACGAUACCACCUAAAUGAAGGCAGUAGAUCUAGAUAGGCUCCGCCACAUACUUUUAUGUGUUUAUUUCAGGAAUUGCUCUUUUUCCCCCUUAAGGAAACGGACUGUGUUUUUUACUUGAAACACAGCAAUGGAAACACUGAAGUAAAAACUCUCCUUCUCCCAAGUUAUAAUAUCCAAGUUAGGAAGGUACCCCUGCUGGUGACUUCAAGUUCUUUUGGUGCGUCUUCUUUCAAAACAUUAUUUUCUUAUUAAUUUUUAUAAGGUCAGAAAGGGAAAACUAUUAUAGACGUUAUAUCUUAAAUUGAAAUUAAGUUAAAUCCCCCAGAUAAAGACAUUGAAAUAAGUUAAACCCUCAGGUAAAGAAAGACAUUGUAACUCAUAGAAAAGUUGGGCCUUGUGUAUUUUUCAAAACGUACAUAACCAAUACCCUCUUCAGCUUUCUUAAUAAAAGAAAGAUUGCAAAUAUGAUACAUGAGAGCUGCCUCUGCUUCUCCUGUGCCCAUGUCACAAGUAUAGUGACAUCAGUCCAGCUAUCAAGGCCUUUGUAACACAGUGUUUCCUACAACUGCUACCAGUAAAAAAGUUAGAAUAGGAAAUAGACCAUAUCUGCCAUACUUCAAAUGGCAUUUAAAGAUGAGAAUGUAACUUAUUGUGCGUGUAUGUUAGAAAUUAAGUAAGGGUCCAGGAUGGUGGCAGCAUAAAGGACCCUGCUUGGAAGAGGUUUUUAUGGUUUGGUUAAUUUUUUAAAUUUAAGCUGUUAGGGUUAAGUUUUAAGUCUGGGCUAAUAUACUUCAAGCUGAAGUUUAUAAUAUUCCUCGUAUAAUGAGAAGAUGAAUAUAUCAUGAAAGCCUAAUGUUAGAGCAGAAUUCCAUUGUCACAAAUUCUGUGGGUCCUGUCUGCUCCUUACCUCUGCCUCUGUGUCACUGAGGAACGUGGGGUAAACAUCAGUAUUGUUCGGAUAAGAGGUCCCCAUGAAAUCAAGGCUCUUGGGGUGUGCUUCAUGAGGAUCUGAAAGAACUACGGUCUUUGUUAGCAUUUCUUAAUGCUUUGUAUGACUUUUGUGCAAUUAUAUAAAUUCAAUUUGGACAAAACGCUGUUACUUUUAAGGCUCUGUCCACUGAAAAUAGGUACGUCGUUCCCCAACAGGGGAAAAGCAUUUGUUACUGUCAUUUUAAAAAUAAACUA